AUGGAUAAUAAUCUAAUUUCCUGUUGUUGUGGUAAGCAGUGCAAAGGUAAAAAGGGCCUAAGAACGCACCAAAUUACCACAACUAUCACUUCCGCCUCACCAUCGAGCGACUCCAUCGACGUCGUCGUCAGCGAUGUCGCCGCGGCAGAGAUACCACUACCAUCGUCCCCGCUUCACCAACAGACAUCUCCAUGGUCGUCAUCGUCAGCAAAUACCGUCAUAAAAGAUACUCCACUUCCAGGGAUAAAGCUACCUAAAACAACAAUUCAAUGGUCUGAGGCCAACGCAUACUUCCAUUCUCAAAGAUCAGCUCUACCAAACAUCACCGACAUUGAUAACUUCACCAUCAAUUUCCAGUCAUCAAUAUACAACUACUUUGCCUCAACCUACGGCACAAUUAAAAAACAAACAAAUUCGACAACAACAUUCGACAAACCAAUCAACAAACUAAAGAAGGAAUUGAAACAACUAAAGCUGCUAGGCCGUAACAACCACAACUUCGACUUUCAAAUUAAAACGCUAAGCAAACAAAUAAGAUCAAGGAUAGCAUCAACAAAGCGAAAUAAACUUGAAAAAACACUCAAUAUCACAAACCAAUUAAAACACAAAUUUUGGGCGACGUGUGAAAAAUUAUUCAACCCGACGCCUAAUUUGCUACCUCAGUUUGGCGUCGAUAAAUGUAAACAAUUUUCAACAACAUUUUAA